AUGGGAGCAGAAUCUGGGGCCAAUGGAACAGCCAUUGCUGAGUUUAUUCUGCUGGGCUUGGUGGAGACACCAGGGCUUAGACCAGUUGUUUUUGUGCUCUUCUUCUUUGCCUACUUGAUCACAGUUGGGGGAAACCUCAGCAUCCUGGCAGCUGUCUUGGUGGACCCCAAACUCCACACUCCCAUGUACUUCUUCCUGGGGAACCUCUCAGUGCUGGAUAUUGGGUGCAUCACUGUCACCAUCCCCGCAAUGUUGGGUCGUCUUGUGUCCCACAAGCGUACAAUUCCAUAUGGAGCCUGCCUCACACAGCUCUUCUUCUUUCACCAGUUGGCUGGUGUAGACUGCUUCCUGUUGACAGCCAUGGCCUAUGACCGAUUCCUGGCCAUCUGCCGGCCCCUCAACUACAGCACCCGCAUGAGCCAGCCAGUCCAGAGGAUAUUGGUGGCUGUGUCCUGGCAGUUGCAGUCCUGAGAAUCCGCUCUACUGAA